AUGGCCGAGAUGGAUGAAGAUAUCAAAACCGUCCCCGUCCAGAACCUUCCUGGCCGUCGCUCCGUAUCUCCAGUCGACAUGGGCGAGAAGCGAGGCUCACUGUCCGCGACGGCCGCGGCCCAGAAAAUCCUUGCCCACAGUAAUGAUGCCGACGAAGCCAUGAAAGCAUUCACAUCUGGGGAAGUCGUCGAGAUCGACGAGGCCACCAACAAACGCCUUCUCCGGAUCAUCGAUUGGCACUUGAUGCCGCUGCUGUGCCUCAUCUACGGCCUGAAUUACCUCGACAAGACGACGCUCUCGUACGCCAGCAUCAUGGGCAUCAAGACGGACAUCAAUCUCGAGGGUGACGACUACCAAUGGUUGUCGAGUAUGUUUUAUUUCGGCUACCUGGCGUGGGAGUACCCGACAAAUCGACUUCUUCAGAGGCUGCCACUGGCCAAGUAUUCGGCCUUUUGUGUCGUGGCUUGGGGUACGGUGCUGGCUUUGUUCGCCACCGUGUCGAACUUUGGAGGAGCCGUCGCUAUACGAUUCUUUCUCGGCGUCUUCGAGGCCGCAGUCACACCUGGCUUUGCUCUGUUCACAUCUCAGUGGUACACGGUCAAAGAACAAGGGACCCGCACAGGCUUCUGGUUCAGCUUCAACGGCUUCGGCCAGAUCUUCGGCGGGCUCGUGGCAUACGGUAUCGCGGUCGGCGCCCGGAAGCACGGCACGGCCAUUGCGCCUUGGAAAAUCGUGUUUUUGGUCAACGGCUGCUUGACCGCCUGCUUGGGGGUUGUCUUCUUCUUCGUCAUGCCGGAUAACCAGCUCAACGCACGCUGGCUAAAGCCGAGAGAUCGCGUGCUGGCCGUCGAACGGGUCCGCGUGAAUCAGCAGGGUAUCGGCAACAAGCAUUUCAAGAUGUAUCAGUUGAAGGAAGCACUGCUGGACCCGUUGACCUGGGCUUUUGUCUUCUAUGCGCUGACGGCCGACAUUCCGAAUGGUGGGAUCAGUAAUUUCUUCUCGCAAUUGAUCGUAUCGUUCGGUUACACGGCCGAAGAAUCGCUACUGUACGGCACCCCCGGCGGGGCGGUCGAAGUCGUAGCCUUGAUGUUCUCCGGCUGGCUGGGUGACCGGCUCGGUCAACGUAUCUUGGUCUCGAUGGGAGGUCUGACGAUCGCGCUGCUCGGGAUGAUCCUCAUCGUUGCGCUGCCUUUGGAUAACAAUUCCGGUCGUCUGGCCGGUUACUACUUGACGCAAGCCUCACCAACACCGUUCGUCGCCUUGCUAAGUCUGAUUUCAACCAACGUCGCCGGAUACACUCGAAAGACCAGUGUUGCAGCGCUGUAUCUGAUCGGAUAUUGUGUUGGCAACAUCAUCGGACCUCAGACAUUCAGGCCUUCGGACGCUCCGCGCUAUGUGUCCGCCGAGAUUACAAUCAUUGUCUGUUGGGGACUUUGUUUGAUCGAUUUGGCGUUCAUCUGGUGGUAUUGUAAACGCCAGAAUAGGGUCAAGGCUCAGAUCAGGGCAGAACCGGGUUAUGUCAAGCUGGAGAACCAGGAGUGGCUCGACUUGACGGAUAAAGAGAAUCCCGAAUUUAUAUACAGCCUGUGAGGCACGACAUGACAUGAGGUCAGGGUUUGGGGAGAAGGGAGAGAGAGGGGUGAGAGAGAAAAGACAUGACUGGUAACGCCGUGGUACGCUGGCACGCUUAGAUGAGCUCAGAUCUUGGUAAUGGUCAUGGCACGCGAAUACCUCUGAUGAAGACAACAGAUGAGCGCUACGACUGUCAAAGUAUCUGCGAAACGCUGAUGGGAGUGGGAUGAGAAGA